GGCGACGGUCGAUCCGAGAAAGGUCUUUUCCAUGCCUUUAAUUCCUUACCCCUUCCCUGGCUCUCGCACUUGCAUGUAGUUUCCCUCUCUCCCUCCUUUCCCACUCCUUCGAGCCCCCCUUACAUUCCGUCAUGGUUUGAUCAUUGCCAGCUAUCGAUCCCCGCCCAGCGAACUCAUUCACAAUGAAGCCCUAUCUCUGGGCCCUUUCCUUCUUAUCCUGCCUGACGCUGGUGUGCGGCCUCUACGACGAUGUCCCGGACUGUGCUCUACCAUGUCUAUUCGAGCCCCUCGACUACACGCCAUGCCAAUUCUCCAAUUCAACGUGUCUUUGCGAAGACAUGAAUUACAACAUGGCUGUGAUUCACUGCGUCCGAGUUCAAUGUAGUGUGGAACAAGCGUUGCGUAGGAUACUCACCCUUCGGUCGCCUUUGAGGUGGUGGCAAGGACUGACAGCGCCGUUGAUAGUCACGAAGAACCGAACCUGGCAGGACUGCGGAUUCAACUACCACGACGAAAGCGCCACGAUCUCCUGGGUUCCCAUUUUCCUCUUCGGCGUCGUCACACUCUUCUUCGUCGGACGACUGACUACGAAAUGGAUGGGGCUCUCGACAUGGGGAUGGGAUGACUGGACGAUUGUGUUUGCAUAUAUUAUGAUGAUUGCAUUCUUGAUUGCGACUGUGUUAGGGAGACGUUUUGGGUUCGGGAAAGACAUAUGGACGCUCACCGUGGACCAAAUCACGGCAUUCAUCAAAGGGUUCUUCGCCUUCGAGAUUUUGUACUUCGUGACGCUCGCCGUCAUCAAAGCCUCGAUCCUGUUUCUCUACCUGCGCAUCUUUGGCGCCAUCACGGAGACGUUCCGCCAGGUCCUCUGGGGUACGCAUAUCUUCAAUAUCGCCGUCUGCGUCACCUUCAUCGUCGUCAACCUUAACCAGUGUAAGCCUCUGAGCUACUUCUGGCACGGGUGGGACGGCAAGCAUCCCGGAUACUGCAUUAACCUGUCGGCCAUGACGCUCUCACAUGCCGUCUUGAACAUCGCCAUCGACGUUUGGAUGUUGGUCCUUCCGGCAACGCAGAUUUACAAGCUCAACCUGCAGAAGAGGCAAAAAGCAGGCAUCAUGAUGAUGUUUGGCGUUGGUAUCUUUAUCACGAUUGUCAGCGCAAUACGCUUGAGAAGCGUGUCCGUGUUUAACAAAUCAUGGAACCCGACUUAUGACUUCUUUGGCCUCGCGCUGUGGUCACACAUCGAGCUGUGCGUGGGCAUGAUCGUCGCGUGUAUGCCGGCAGCCCGCUCGCUGGCCAGACGCCUCUUCCCCGAACUACUUUAUGUCACCAAUAUGUCGACGAGGAGAGGGUCAACUAGGGCGUCGGGCAACGUCAAGAUCGUCUCGCAAGACAUCGCCACAAUCCACAUCGACGACUUUCCAGAAAGCUCCAUGGCGAACUCAAGACAGAAGGAUUCUGUCGGCACCCUGACGCCGGACCGGGUGCCCUUAAGGCGGCUGACGACCAGCGACAGCUUGUUGGAGGUCAUGAGCGAACCGAAUUUCUCAUUGUUUGAAGGGUCCAACAAGGGCAGCAAGAGCAACGAUUGGUGAUCUAAACUAAACCCAAGGCAUUGCGCGGGGGAAAAUGCGAAUUCAGCGAUACGGACGACUGCGCAGGAACUGCGAGAAGCGUCGAACCAAUACCCCUUUUUUAUUGUGUUAUGGCAGAUUGAUCUGCACCUAUGCCUCCUCUCCUAACUUUUCGAAGAUCAAAUUAUCUAAUUACAAAUAUUCCAUAUACUUUUUCAAAC